GCCGCGAGCUUGGCGGGUAGAGGGGACGGCCCUGAGAGUGCGUGGGUACUUGGAGACACACACACGAGUGUCCGCGGCGUGUCUGCCCUUCGACUCCCCAGUCCACCGAGAACAUCCCAAGACGUUUUCCCUCGCCCAGCGACCCGGCUUGGCCCGGCCAGCACAAUUCCCUUCACGCGCGUCGCCCCCUUCCCCACCACGGACUUGGGCCGAUGAGGCCGGAGAGCUUUGUUUUGGACAUGGCUUCCUCUGACCUGGAUCACCUGAAAAUUAGCUACAGAACAAGAUUUUGCUAUACUUCUAGGGUUCCUGAUACUGAUCUAUGGCAAGGUCAGAACAUACUGGAAAACAUACAAGACUGUUUUGAAGAAAAAAGUUCUGAUACUGGCUUUAGCACAAAUCCUGGAAGUCCAACUCUUUGCUCGACUCCUUGCAAAUUAAGAAAUGAUUCUUAUUCAUCACCAAACAAAGAGUGCCAGAUAUCACCUUCAAAGUCUGAUAGGAUUUCUUCAGUGAAAAAGAAAGCUAAUACCUCAGCCUUUUCACAGCAGUCUAUUAUGUUCCAAAAUCAGACAAAUAACAGUUCAGUUGGAUCACCUGGUCUUUUGGCCAAGGAAACAGAGAUAUCACCAUUACCUCAGCAAGCUACUCCUCCUACUACACAAGAUAGAUGGAGCCGCAUGUUUCGAAAUUCAGUCAUCCAACAAACUUUGCUUCCCAAAUCGAGUCAUAAAACUAAAAAGAGCUUAAACUGUGAAGAUAUAGCAGUUUGGUCUGUGAAGAAAGCAGAAAAAGAUGUUAAAGAGUCAGAAAGACGACAAAAGAGGAAACAAUCAGAAUCUUCUGAGCAAAUAGCACAAGGUCCAAAACAGAAAAUUCAACAAAAAACUGAAAUAAGUUUUUCGACAUUGCUUUUAGAAACAGCAAAAAGGAAUUGUAGAAACAGGCAUGUGUCAUCGCCACAGAUCCAUUCUCCUUCUCCCCUUCCAAAUGACUUAGAAUCAUCAAACGAUGAAUUUAUAAUUGAUGAAUCAGAUUGCUCAUUCUCUCAAGACUGGAUUUUAAUACCUAACAAGAAGAGCAAGUCUGUGAAACAGAGCAAGACAGCCCCAGUGGAGAACUCCCAGGACCCAGAAAGAAAAAAGUCAAGGAUAGAGCAACAGAAAGGAGAAAAAUGCAACUCAGCCAGUGGUAAACACCCUGAUACAAAGAAUGGAAUUUCAGAUGUUAUUAGUGGAGAGAAGACCUCAAAAUCCAUAAAACAUAAAACUCAAGCAGUAGAGAAAUCACAGUCCUCUAAAAUAAAAAAAUUAGACAAUUUAUCUGGUGAAGUGGGAAGUGCUUCUAAAUCCACAAGACGUAGAAUAUAUUCUGAGGAGUCAGAACAAUUUUUGGGAAAUAACAGGACUGUUGUGCAAGACCAGAGUGAAAAAUGUGAGAUCCAAAUAGAUAAUAGACAAUCUGAUGAAGGUCUAGUUAAUUUUCCUGAAGAAAACCCAGAUACUGCCUUGAGAACUACUAAAUCUAAAACUAACUUAGUGGAGAAAUCACAAAUUACAGAAAGAAGAAAGUUGAGAAAACGCCAGACUAGAGAAUACAAGUGCAAAGUAGGUAUGAAGCAGCGUGGCAUAGAGCAGACCAAGAAGACAAGAUUUAAUGUGUCACAAACCAGUGAAGAUGAGCUACAAAGGGAGUCUAACAGAAGUUUGGGACAAUGGGAAGAGCGAGCAGAAUCUUGUCAUUCUGCAGAGCAAACACUAUCUGCUGCUGGAAAAGACAAAAACAAUAAUGGUGUUUCUCAGCAAAUUCAGAAAAAAGGACAUUUAAAUAAGACAGCAUCUAAAAACCAACAAAUGUCUAAGAAGAGAGAAAUUAUACUGAAACAAAAUCAAUCUCCAAAGUUCACUAUUACUAGAAGUCAACGAAUUUCUAAGCGUCCAUCUAAUUGGUGGGUAGUUACAACAGAACAAAGCAAUGUGUUUUACAGUCCUACUUUAGAGUUACCAGUAAACCAUAAAAAAAACCCCAAACCAUCUAAAGAAACAAAAAAGAUACCUAUCAAGACUUUGGGGAAAGGAACUAUUCUACUCAAACAACAGAAAUCUUCUAUUUGUGCCAAGCCAAAAGAAGCAUCUAUUCCAAAGAAACAAAAAAGAAAGAAAUUAUCAUAUUCAAGUGAUGAAAAUUGUGAUAUGGUGCACACAGUUCCUGAAUCAGAAAAACAAGAAGGUUCACUGAAAGAAACUCCAAGAAAGACAAACGUUGCCUGUUCUAGUACUGCAGAACCCCUUAAGGAAAAUAUCAAUGAUGUUCAAAAUGCAAAUCUGACACCAACAAUGCCAACAUCAGAUUCUAAAACCUUUGUGACUUCAACUAUGGAAGAUAGUGGACCAGCCAGGUUAAGGAGUAAUGUUUUAACAUCUACAAACAACAAAAUCUUUGGAGAUGAACAGGAAUGUGGUACAAGUGAAUUUGCAGUCAUUGCUACAGUAUCUAAUGACAGAGUUUCACCCAGAAAAAGGGAAAAAGUUAAUACAGAUUCUUGUGAAGAUGAACAAAAAAAGAAAGCAAUUGCUGCUCUGAAUGUGUCUCUUGGAGAUCCUUUAAAACCAACUUGUGUAUUUGACCCAGGAAGAGAACAAAUGGUUUUUAGGGACCUUGUGAAGCUUAAAGGUAGUCAUGAAUUUUGUGUUCAGGAUGACACAUUGAAGAUGUUUAAGAUUUUGAAUACUUCAUCGUUUGCUACUGGCACAUUGAUUUUAGAGCCCUUUAAAGAAAAGGGAAAACAGUAUGUCUGUUCAGAUACAGUGGUAUUCUUUAUUGUCUGUGGUGAUCUUAUAUGUACUUUACAUGAGACAUCUUACAAUUUAACUACUGGGGACGUUUUCUAUGUUCCUUCAGGUAAUUUUUACAACAUUAAAAAUAUCCUGAAUGAGAGAAGCAUUCUUCUUUUCACUCAGAUAAAAAGUGAAAAACCAGAAAAGUAAAAGAACUAUCUGUGUAUACCUAGCAUUCUUGUAUAGGUGGACCAUUUUUUGGGGGGAGUUGCUUUUUUUGUGUGUUUGGAAUUAUAAACAUU